AUGUCUUCGCACAAGUCAGAUGUUAGGGCUAUUGUUUGGGCCCAGCUAAUCAAGGUCGCCCGUCCGGACUCGAGAUUCCAUUUCAACUUCGCGGAGUUCAUUGCAGACUUCGAGAGUUCUUCUGAGGCCACUUUCAGAUUCAAAAGAGAGCCCUCAUACAUUGAAUCUGAGGUGCUUUUUAUCACUCCGGACAACUGUCUUGAAGAGCUCAGAUAUGAGGCCCUUAAAGACGGCAAGAUUGUGCUCAUGACAACAUACGGCAUCUAUAGAGGUUUUUGGAUGCUAGACCCAAGUGAAAUCGAUCCGCAAAGAUACGAGUAUGCUUCGACUUUGGAUGGUAUGGAGAAGGUGGGCAAACAUGUGACAUUGAAACGACUGAUGGAGAUGAAUAUUCAUGUAGAUGUGAUGAUCACGGGAACUGGUGCGAUUAACAAGAAAGGUAUAAGGUUUGGCAAAGGACACGGAUUUUUUGAUUGUGAAUGGGCGAUGUUGUAUACCAUUGGUUGCAUUAACAAAUCUACCCCUGCAGUUGCGUUUGUGCAUGAUUGUCAGCUUUUAGAACAGGAGCUUCAGCCUGAGAUAUUUGACACUGUCUGCGACAUUGUUGUCACGAACACGCAAACCAUAAAGACGGAUAGUGUUCCCAAGCCAUAUUGCGGAAUACUAUGGGAUUUACUAGACCCACAGAUCAAACCUAUCAAAAAGCUUGCAUACUAUCCUACUAUUGUGAUAGAUGACAAGUACAGAGAUCUUGCCGACAAGAUUGGCGUUUCCUUCAAUGGAAGAAUUACAAAUAAUAAACCCCUGAGCUCCCUGAAAGGAAUCGAAUUAAAGGGUGUAAUUGAGCUUCUACAAUUUUUCAUUGAAACAGACCACUCAGCGACAUUUGAAACACAAAGACAUAUUGUAAAAUACAUUGGCCUGUCCACUUUACGGUUUGAUUCACACGUCCAGCAGGGGCGACUAUUGAACUUACUUCAAAAUCUCUUUGUUUCUACGGCUACAACGAAAAAUGCAAACUUUCAUUAUACUAUGCUGAUCAACACUUAUUUCCAUCUUGUAAAACACUACAAAGCAAAGCUCAACCUGCGCAUUUACAGCUUGAUGGACCUAAUCCAAGAUAUAAUAAUGGCUGCCCGUGGAUUCAACCUGGUCAACGACAAAUCCAGAUAUGCAGAACUUAUAUCAGACUACAGAUUCAAACCAAGUUUAAGAGUGGACGAAGCCAUUGAGCUUUCAAAGCAGCAAUUACAACUUCUCCUCUACUAUCUGAUGAAGCUUCUGAAUACAGUGAUACAAUUGCUAGACAAUUUUACAAAACGAAAACUAAAACCUAGGUUCGCUCCGAGAAGGCAAAAACUACAAGCAUUCCUGAUCUUAAACAGAAACAUCGAACUGCUCCAGCUACUCAAACAAUGCAGACUAUAA